GAAAAAAAUGGUCGGUUCAUAAGUGCCUAAUUCAUGCAUAUCAUGUUACAUAGUAGUGGAAAAAUAAAAACUUUGUCCCCAAAAAGACACAAAUAAUACAGUUGUCUGAAACUGCAUAGAAGCUAAUAAAAAGCUAAUUCUAAAAAGCAGGAGCAUCACUCCCAAACAGUGUAACACAACAUUCAUACACCUUUUUCUCAUUUUUCUUUUUCUCUCUCCAAAACUAAUUCUUGAAUUAAACUAAUUCUUUUUCCAAGUCAACUGAAUAGAAAAAAGAAAAAAAGACAAAAGAGCCCCUCCCCUUUCUCCACACACUAUAUAUACACACACAUCAUGUAAUAACAAUAAUUCAAACCACCAAACAAGAAGACAAACAAAAAAUGGCAAUCAAGAACAUAAAAAAAUGGAGAUCAAUUAUUAUUCCUUCUUGUUUCAAGAACCACAACAAUUUAGAUACAAAAAGCCAAGUUUUUAAACAAAUCCCGCCUUCUAGAAUAUCCCUUUCCGAUUUUAGCUAUCCGGGCUCGCCUCUAUGCCUAAGCGAUCUCUCGAGCUCGAAAUUCGCGUCGAAUCUCCACAUUUUCACGCUCCCGGAGCUCAAAUUGAUCACAAAUGGCUUUUCGUCGAGCAAUUUUCUAGGCGAAGGCGGGUUCGGGCCGGUUCACAAAGGGUUCGUUUCCGAAACUGCGGGUCGGCCCGGAUUGGAGGCUCAGCCCGUUGCAGUCAAGUUGCUCGAUUUGGAUGGUGAUCAGGGUCACAGGGAAUGGCUGACAGAAGUUGUGCUUCUUGGACAAUUGAGGCACCCUCAUCUUGUGAAGCUGAUUGGAUAUUGUUGUGAGGAUGAACAAAGGCUUCUUGUUUAUGAGUACAUGACCAGGGGCAAUUUAGAGAAUCACUUAUUUAGAAGAUAUACUAGUUCGUUGCCAUGGUUGACGAGGAUGAAGAUUGCGGUUGGUGCGGCGAAAGGGUUGGCUUUUCUUCACGGAGAAGAGAAACCGGUUAUCUACCGCGAUUUCAAGACUUCGAAUAUUUUACUCGACUCCGAUUAUAAUGCUAAGCUUUCGGAUUUCGGGCUGGCGAAGGAUGGCCCGGAGGGGGACGACACACACGUAUCGACUCGUAUAAUGGGUACGCAUGGAUAUGCAGCUCCCGAAUAUAUCAUGACAGGUCAUUUGACAGCAAUGAACGACGUGUACAGCUUCGGGGUGGUGCUACUAGAACUACUAACGGGCAAACGGGCCAUGGACAAGGCCCGGCCCGCCCGAGAGCAGAACCUAGUCGAAUGGGCAAAACCCUACUUAAAGGAUCACCACCACAAGAUCGAAAGAUUAAUAGACCCAACACUCGAAGACCAAUACUCGAGCCAAGGAGCCAAGAAAGUAGCUUCGUUGGCUAACCAGUGCCUUAGCCACAACCCUAAAUACAGGCCGACUAUGAGCCACGUGGUCAGAAUCUUGGAGUCUAUUCUGGAAUAUUCCGAUAUUCCAGCUGGACCCUUCGUUUAUGUCGCACCCACCGAAGUGAAAAUCGAUGCGAAAGUCAGUGAAAACGAAGCUACGUGUAAGGAAAAUGGAGAUCAAGUUGAUGAAGGAGGAGACGUAAAGAAAGAGUAUAGUAAACAGAAAACGAAAGGUUAUAGGCAUAAGCAUCAGAUUAAGGUUCGAGCUGUAUAUACGGACACUCACGUGUAUAAUAAAACACUAAGAGACGAAAUAAAAAACUGAAAAAAAAAUGGAACAUACUUUGAUAUCAUUCUUCAAUAUUUCG